UGUUUUAAUAGUUGUAUAAUUCUGCUUUACAAAAUGAUUAUUUUUUAAAUGAAUGAAAUAUUUCUUUAUUUUUUUUGUAGUGAGAGCACACACUUUCAUUACUAUUAAAAUAUAGUUUAUUAAAUUUAUAAAAGUGUAUUUGGUUUUUUUUUUAAUCUGAAUUUAUAUUUCAUUAUGAAGUUAAACAUUGUAUUUCUGCACCCAGACUUGGGUAUUGGCGGUGCUGAAAGAUUAGUAGUAGAUUCAGCAAUAGCUAUGAAGGAUGUAGGUCAUAGUGUUCAAUUUAUUACGAAUCAUCACAGUAUAUCUCAUUGCUUUGAAGAAACUAGAGAUGGUACAAUACCAGUUACAGUUGUUGGAGACUGGUUGCCAAGAACUGUGUUAGGAAAGUGUUAUGCAUUAUGUAGUUAUUUGCGCAUGAUUUAUGCUGCAAUAUAUUUGACUUUUUUUAGCGAUAUCCAACCAGAUGUUGUUUUUGUUGACUUGAUAUCUGCAUGUAUUCCUAUUAUUCAAUGGAUGCCAUGUAAAGUAAUAUUUUACUGUCAUUAUCCUGAUCAGUUAUUGACAUCCCAUGAUAGUAUCUUUAAGCGUUUAUAUCGUAUUCCAAUAGAUUGGUUAGAAGAAAAAACUACAGCUUGUGCAAAUAUUAUAUUAGUUAAUAGUUAUUUCACCCAAAAUGUUUUUCAAAAUACAUUUAAAAGUUCAAAAAAACUUCCUGAAGUUAUUUAUCCAUCAAUUAACACUAAGUUUUUUGACCACAGCGUAUCUAUUAGUAUUAAAGACAUAGUAGGGUCAAAAAACAAUAAUAAAAUACUCCUCUCAAUCAAUAGAUUUGAAAGAAAAAAAAAUUUAGAGUUAGCAAUAAAUUCCAUGUCUCGUUUAUCACAUAUCCAAAAUAUAACACUUAUAUUAGCAGGUGGUUAUGAUCCUAUUAAUCAAGAAAAUAUUGAAUAUUAUGAAGAGUUAAAAAAGCUUACUCAUGAUUUAAACCUUGAAAAUAGAGUUAUAUUACUGAAAUCACCAUCAGAUGAAAUAAAAAUAUCACUUCUUAGACAUUGUACUUGCCUAAUAUACACUCCUUCCAAUGAACAUUUUGGUAUUGUUCCAUUAGAAGCUAUGUAUUGUAGUAAACCAGUUGUAGCAGUAAAUAAUGGUGGACCUACAGAAACGAUUCAAAAUAAUUUCAAUGGCUUCCUAAAAAAUGCUACUCCUGAAGAGUUUGCUGAGGCUAUUAAACAGCUUGUAGAGCUGGACGAUAAAGCUGAGCAAUUCGGGAAAAAUGGUAAAAAAAGAUUUGAUGAUAAAUUUUCAUUUGAAGCUUUUAAGAUCAAAAUAAAUGAUGUGCUAGAGAAUUUGUGUAAGCCUGAAUAGUUUUUAUAAUACUUAAAUUUGUAUAAAAUAUAUUUCUAAAUUGUUACAUUCUUAAAUUUAUUUUUGCUAUUGAUUGAACAUCCUAGAUUAAAUUAUUUAUAUCAAGUAAAUUAAAUGUUUUAUAAACAUAUAA